UGUGUUUAAGGGCAAAUGGGCCGCUGCAUUUGCAAAUGGGCAGUGGAAGUCCGAAAGCCGCCAUAUUUGCCCAGCGGCAGAAAUGGCGCCUGAGUGCUGUCAAUGGCAACUGAAGCCAGGCCAUCGCCAUGUUUUCUGAAGGCAUCUUCCGGCUUCCUUCACCCGAGUCGUGUCUCUGUACGAGCGGCUGUGGAGUGAACUAUGGAGCCUCCCUAGUCUCCACCGGAGCUCUGCCGUCCUCACGCCGACCGCUUUGUCCAGUUCCCAGUGGGGGCGAUCGUGACCAAGGGGCGUGGCAAGGGCGUGGUUUCCCGGGGAAGCCGAGGCCGGAAGCCGGAGGCUGGCGUGCCCAAGCUGCUGCCCCGGCAGGAACCCCGAUGGCGCCACCCCCGGCCCCGCUGCUGGUGCCGAUGCCCGGGGAGAUCUGGCCUGGUUUCAGGAAGCCUGAGCUCGUGAGCUUCGCGGACGUGGCCGUGUACUUCUCCCCGCAGGAGUGGGGGUGUUUGCGGCCCGCGCAGAGAGCCCUGUACCGGGAGGUGAUGCGCGAGACCUACGGCCUCCUGGGCGCGCUCGGGUUUCCGGGCCCCAAACCAGCCCUCAUCUCUUGGAUGGAACAGGAGAGUGAGGCUUGGAGCCCCGCCGCCCAGGAUCCUGAGGAGGGGGAAAGUCUGGGAGGAACUCCGAGAGGAGACACUUCAAAUGAGAAGGUGCAGGGCCCCAAGGAAGGAACCAAGAGACUGGCAGAGACUCCUCCUGCUCAGUUGCAAUCUAAAGAGGUGGUUGAACAAAAGACUUAUUCUAUGGCUACCAAGUCCUCUGCCAGGGCACAGCUACCUUCCAAAGCUGUCCCAGGCCAGGCAGCAGGCACAGAGCUUCCUGCCCAGGUACCCAGCACAGAUGCGCAGGCCAGCCAACGACGCCAUGUGUGCAUGGACUGUGGGCGCCGCUUUACCUACCCUUCUUUGCUGGUCAGCCACCGGCGCAUGCACUCGGGUGAGCGACCCUUCCCCUGCCCAGAGUGCGGCAUGCGCUUCAAGAGGAAGUUUGCGGUGGAAGCGCACCAAUGGAUCCAUCGUUCCUGUUCCGGGGGUCGCCGUGGCCGUAGGCCUGGGAUCCGGGCUGUGCCUGGAGCCCCAGUCCGAGGUGACCGGGAUCCGCCAGUGCUCUUUCGGCACUAUCCAGACAUCUUUGAGGAGUGUGGGGGUGUGCACGGAACUGGUUUCUGUCGCUUCUCGGCCCUGGUAUCCGAGCGCGGGCACCUGGGGCUGGGCAGGCGUUCCCGGGUGCUCUGGACUGGCCCGGGGCCGAGCCGGGGGAGGGUCCCCAUGGCGCAGCCACUCGCCCCGGGAAGGUCCUCGGCUCGGGCCGCGUUCGGGAAGCCCGGGGCGGUGAACUUCGCGGACGUGGCCGUGUACUUCUCCCCCGAGGAGUGGGGGUGUCUGCAGCCGGCUCAGAGAGCCCUGUACCGGGAGGUGAUGCGCGAGACCUACGGUCUCCUGCGCGCGCUCGGAGGCGGAGGCACCAAGCCAGCGCUCAUCUCCUGGGUGGAGGAAGAGGCCGAACUGUGGGGACCCGGUGCUCAGGAUCCAGAGGUGGCCAUGUGUCCGACAGAAGCCGACUCAGAUUGCAGACAGGAGGAAAGGAAGAGACCAAGGGAAGAGACUGAGGCAACCCAGAAGAUGUUUUCUACACAAACUGGGCCGAAGAAAACUCACCCCUCCUUUGCUGGACCCCCUUGCAACUUGGAGCUGUUGCCCAAGGACCCUCAACCCCCUCGUGGUGUCCACGCCACUGUCCCAAGAGCAGAUCAGCGUCAUGGCUGCCGUGUGUGUGGGAAGAGUUUUGCCUGGCGUUCCACAUUGGUGGAGCACCUGUACACUCACACUGGUGAAAAGCCUUUCCGUUGCCCUGAUUGCAGCAAGCCCUUCGGUCGAGCUUCCUCCCUGAGCAAGCACCGGGCCAUACACCGAGGGGAACGGCCACAUCGCUGUCCUGACUGUGGCCGAGCCUUCACGCAGCGCUCUGCCCUCACCACCCACCUGCGUGUCCACACUGGGGAGAAGCCCUACCGCUGUGCUGAUUGUGGGCGCUGCUUCAGCCAGAGCUCUGCGCUCCAUCAGCACCAGCGGGUACACAGCGGCAUGACCCCCUUUCCUUGCACAGACUGUGGCAGAGCCUUUGCCCAUGCCUCAGAUCUUCGGCGCCAUGUGCGCACCCACACGGGUGAAAAGCCUUACUCAUGCCCUGACUGUGGACGCUGCUUCCGCCAGAGCUCGGAAAUGGCAGCCCACAGGCGGACCCACAGUGGCGAGCGUCCCUACCCGUGCCCUCAGUGUGGCAGGUGCUUUGGCCAGAAGUCCGCAGUGGCGAAGCAUCAGUGGGUCCAUCGGCCAGGAGCUAGGGGCCAUAGGGACAGAGAAGCCAGUCAGUUGUCUAUAUCCCCGGCCACAGGCCAAGGGGACCUGGAUCCACCUGUGGACUUCAGGCACUACCCAGAGAUAUUCCAGGAGUGUGGGGAAUGGUCUUAAAAGCUCCAACGUAAAAGGUGAAAUACACUGUCGGAAGCCCAUCUCUGGCAUCCUCUGGAAGUCACAGAAGAUCUAGCAAGGGCUGGUCCUGAGGACAGUACAGUCUUGUGGGUGAUUACCAGAAGCAUUUGCACACACACACACAUGGAUCCCACUGCCCUAAACUCUGAGUCUACUGGGCUAGGGUGGGAAACCCACUAGAAUUCCAUGUGAGAGGCAAGGGCAGUUUUCUGGCUCAGUAGUAUUGAAGGCUUGAGGUCAAAGAGAACCUUGUUUAGUCCACUGCCUCUUUAAUGCGGAGGCUAAAGUUGAUGGCGCUGUGUGAACCGAGCCAGCUGCAUUUUCAGGGGUUAUUAGCCUCGGUCAAGAACUAGGUGUGGUGGUGGCUCAUGCCUAUGACCCCAGCACUUCAGAGUAGAGACAGGAAGGUCAGGAACUUGAGACCAGUUUGGGUUACCUGAGACUCCAUCUAAGGUAAAUAAAUAAAUAACAAGUGAAAUUAAUUGAGGUUUAAAUUCAAAGUAUUUCACACACAAAAGAAGGUCCAGGUCUUUAGCUUCUUUUGGAAAAACAACAACUCCAAAAGAUUCAGCCAAGCAAACAAGACAAAAGUUCUGGGUUCUGUCCCCAGCACUGCAAGUAUUGGUUGUGGUGGCACAUGCCUAUAAUUCCACCACU